GGGAAAGAGAUAAAAACACCAGGUAAAUGGUGAAUUCCCAAACUGCAAGCAAGAAAAACAACACUGCAUUUUGUUCAACAGCAAUAGCAGCUCUAUAUUAUUACUUAAAACCCCAUUUUUUCGAGCUCUCUUCCACCCACCGCCACCCACCAACCCAGCCCUAGCUCCGCCCACCGGAAAGCGACAAAAGUACAAAGGCAGAAUAAACAAUAAACAAUAAAAACACUGUCGUGUAUAUACAUACAUGUGAAAAUAUAUAAUAAUACUAAUUUGUUGGAAAAAAAAAUGGCGAUAAUAGGAGACGCAUUGCGGCAGGCGUUCAUGCCGAAACACGAGUACGCGAGCCUCCGCGACGAGGAGAAGGCGUGGCAGAAGCUGCAGAAGCCGUUCGCUUGCCUCGCGCUUGCCUUAAUUUCACUCGCCGUCGUGAUUUCCACUGCGAUUAUCGUGAGAAUAGUGAAUCCGGGUGACAAUCUGCGCCGGCCUUUCUGCCAUGAUCUUAGGAUGCAGCCUCUAUCCAUUAAUUUCACCACCGCGUCGGCGGCGGAGGGCGGCGGUGCCGGCGGGGAGCCGGAUCUUCUACCCGGCGCUUUUGCCUUGACGGAUCAGGAAACGGUUGAUUAUUUCUGGAUGGUGGUGUUUGUUCCUUCGUCUUUGCUCUUCGGCGUUUCUGGGGUGUACUUGAUUGCAGGAAUUAUUGUUGCUUAUACUGCUCCUGCACGGCAUGAGUGCUUGAAGGUAGUUGAGAACAAUUACUGUGCUUCUAGAAGAGGCAGCGUACGUUGUUUAUCUAUACUGAACAUAGUAUUUGCGGUCACAUUCGGUCUACUUGCACUAUUUCUCGGCUCAACUCUCCUCACACUUGGUAGCAGAUGCUCCUUACCUCUGUUUUGGCUCUACGAAAUUGCAGCAUGGGGUCUAGUAAUCCUACACGCAGGAGCAGCUUUCUUCCUUCGGAAAAGAGCAGCACUGCUACUCGACGAGGCUGACUUUGCCGGUAGAAAUAUCGGGCUGGAAAUGCUCGAAGCAAGCCCAACACAAGUAACACCAGAUAUGGAGAGACGUGUCACCGAAGGCUUUAAAGCAUGGAUGGGCCCGUCUUUUUUAUCAUCCGACGAGGAAGAUGAACCGGAUGCUUAUCUUGAAGUUCCAACUGUAGAACGUUCGAAUUCGGCCCGUCAAAGAAUGUGAAGUAAUUUUAAUUUUUGUCUCUGUGCAUGAUAUAUGAUAUCUCUUUUAUAGUUGCACUGAUACUUGUGCAUUUAGCCAAGUAGUAGUAAAUGUAGUUAGUCUCAAAUCUGAAGGUGUACAAAAUCAUAUUACAUGUGGAUUAUCUUUUGUGUGCUUAAAAA